UCUGCUGCAGUUUUUCCUCCACUGUUCGCUCCCAGUCCUUUUAGGCGAACAGUCCGGAGCGCAGGUUUUCCGUGCAUUUACCCUGCAUCCGCACUGCAUUCCCAGGCAGCCUUUCCCGGGCUAGACCUUCUGCGGACCGGCUGGCUCCGGUUCCGCCAGGGUGGUGGGUGGUGCUCUCGCCGCCCCCUCCUUCCCUUGGGACUCGGGAGAGCCGCGCGCUGGGCAAGAGUGCGCGCGCGCGCGGGCUUGCUGGGGAAAUCUUCCCUGGAAGCUGCCGAGCGUCGCUGACCGAGAGUAUCCCGGGGCCCUGCAAAAGCCACCAAAGCGUUAGAGAGCGUCUCUAAAGAAAAACGGCGAAUGAAAAUUAAGAAGGGAAACCCGUUUCCCCGGCGGCCUGGUUUCCGAUGGUAUCGGAUCCUCUCGUAGCUGAUCGGGUAGGGACGCGCUUGACCGCCGCUGAAAUCCGGACUUAGAGCGACGGUUGCGAGAUAAGGGAGGUGAGGGACUUGCGGGCAAGAGUUGCACCUGGUCUGGGAACCUGCAAAGAAAAUUGUGGGGAGAACAGGCCAGAUUGGAGCCAGCAGCCAUCCUCUGACCAUGCCCUGGUGAAGGGGGCGGACUUCGAGGGCAACUUGUCGCGGACUACCUGGGCUCAGCUAGCAUACGGGAAGAGGCCAAGAGCCCGGAACUGCACUGCUCGGCCCGGUGGGGGGCUGUUGUCUAUGUCUUCUUGGGGCGCCCGGCGGAUCGGGGUCUCGGUUUUGCAGAAAGAGCCCAGUGCUGGUGGCUUCAGGUGGCUGACACCGCCACCACCGCGGUCGCCUCAAGUGCUGUUUCCACCUUUGGUGAGAGGAGCAGAGACUCAAGAGCGGGGAGACCUCCGAGGCAGAGAGGCAUCGGACAUGUGUCAGCACAUCUGGGGAGCACAUCCAAAGAGCCCGAGGGGAGAUUUGCCAAAACAAUUCAAACUGCGUUAUUGAUCGUGGGGGUGACUGCCCCUGGCUGGCUGUCGGGCGGGAGCGCGAGUGUGCGCUCUCUGGAGAGUGUGUGCGUGUGUGUAUGUGUGUGCCGUGUCGGGCUCCCCCCUUCCCCCCUGUUUUCCCGUCGAGUGAUGCACCUGGAAUGAGAAUCAGAGGAUGGAAAUAGUCUGGGAGGUGCUUUUUCUUCUUCAAGCCAAUUUCAUCGUCUGCAUAUCAGCUCAACAGAAUUCACCAAAAAUCCAUGAAGGCUGGUGGGCAUACAAGGAGGUGGUCCAGGGAAGCUUUGUUCCAGUUCCUUCUUUCUGGGGAUUGGUGAACUCAGCUUGGAAUCUUUGCUCUGUGGGAAAACGGCAGUCGCCAGUCAACAUAGAGACCAGUCACAUGAUCUUCGAUCCCUUUCUGACACCUCUGCGCAUCAACACUGGAGGCAGAAAGGUCAGUGGGACCAUGUACAACACUGGAAGGCAUGUGUCCCUCCGCCUGGACAAGGAGCACUUGGUCAACAUUUCAGGAGGGCCCAUGACGUACAGCCACCGCCUGGAGGAGAUCCGGCUACACUUUGGGAGUGAAGACAGCCAAGGGUCCGAGCACCUCCUCAAUGGACAGGCCUUCUCUGGGGAGGUACAACUCAUCCACUAUAACCACGAGCUAUACACAAAUGUCACAGAAGCUGCAAAGAGUCCAAACGGAUUGGUGGUAGUUUCUAUAUUUAUAAAAGUUUCUGAUUCAUCAAACCCAUUUCUUAAUCGAAUGCUCAACAGAGAUACUAUCACAAGAAUAACAUAUAAAAAUGAUGCAUAUUUACUACAGGGACUUAAUAUAGAGGAACUGUAUCCAGAGACCUCUAGCUUCAUCACUUACGAUGGGUCGAUGACUAUCCCACCCUGCUAUGAGACAGCGAGUUGGAUAAUAAUGAACAAGCCUGUAUACAUAACCAGGAUGCAGAUGCAUUCCCUACGCCUCCUCAGCCAGAAUCAGCCAUCGCAGAUCUUUCUGAGCAUGAGUGACAACUUCAGGCCUGUCCAGCCACUCAACAACCGCUGUAUCCGCACCAACAUUAACUUCAGUUUACAGGGGAAGGACUGUCCUAACAACAGGGCCCAGAAGCUGCAGUACAGAGUAAACGAAUGGCUCCUCAAGUAGGGAACUAAGCCAAGAAGAAUCCCACCUCAGUGAAAUUCUACAACUGUGAAUUGACGUAACCCAGAAUGCCCCCCCCUUCUUCCUUCUCCUUCCUCCCCCAAGCCUUUCACUCUUUGGAUUGGCCCCUUCUUCAUGAAAACUAUUUGCAAAAAUGUGUCAGAAGAAUGCAUCUCUACAUACACACACACACACACACACACACACACACAUAUGUAAACACGAGUACACACACAUCCAUAUACCACCUCCAGGAUGGGAAGUCAAGUCUCAGAAACAGAGGUUCCUUCAUCAAAGGUCUUAGAAGAAAACAACCAGUUAACCUGAUUACAAUUUUGAUACUGUUUUCCUGAACUAAUAACUCUAUCCAAUGGGACUUCUCAGCCUUUGUACAUACAAAAAUUCUUCCGAAAGAGAGAGGGGAGAAAACACCAUUUCAAAAGCAUCAAGUGGACUCUGUAUCCCAUCAUCCCUGACGAUGUCCUAGGAUACCCUGAGGAUGCUGGUGACAGGUGAACCAGGACAAAGCUGACCAGGGACACUUAUUUCUAGAUUACAAUUCUUCUGUUUACUCAAUGAUUUAAAAAGAAAAUAUUCAAAAAAAAGGACAUACAUCAAAGAGCUAUACGUUGUGUAUAUAUAUAUCACCGCAGACUAUAAGAAUGGAAUUAUUUCCCUCUUUGUCACAUAACCGUACUAGGAUUUGCCCGAGAUCAGAAUCGAUCCAUUUGCUGUUUCUUGUUUUCUGAAGGUCAUACAUUGUGUUUGGUUAUUGUUAACAGCCCAAUAAAUGUGUUUAAUGCGUUGAUUUCAUUUUUCUGGCUUUGGUCUGUUCUCCUUCCUGCCAGGCUAAGCCCUAGCUCCAUGCAGCUACCUUCUUGGAUCUCCCGUGGUUCCUUCACCUCCAUGUUUUGUUCAUUUGCAGCCAGUUUUACUGAGUUUGUGGCAAGCAGGAAUGCACUUGCUAAGCAGGUAUGCCUUUAAUCCCACUCCAUGGCUCGGUCAUUCAUCCCAGGUGAGCUUCGGCCUGAUAUAGUAGGCGACAGAUUCCUUGCGUUUCAAAACUGCCAUUCCCCGCCCCCCAACCCCUGUGAUGCUCCUGAAGGAAUGCACUUUGCCUUGUAAAUUCCUGGGAAAUUGGGGUAUCUUUUCUCUCCAGGUGCAGCCAGAUCUCACAAAGUACAAACGAAUGCCUUUCUUUUCUUGUUUAUAAUGGUCACUCACUGUGUUUGGUUACUGUCAAAAAACAAAAUCAAUAAAUGUGUUUAACGAGUUGCCCA